AAUUCAUAAACCCUAAAACCCAAGCUGUUGCAGUGACGAGUAGUGUUGGUAAAAAUGGUGAGGGCGGGCAAGGACACCAAGAAGAGCUCAAUGGCGAAUUCAGAGAACUCACUCAAGCAGAAGCGCAAAAUGGCCAAGGAGGUCGAAGACGAUACCAAGAACACGAAGACUGAGCAAGAACAACCAACUGUCUCUCAUUCCGAUUCCGACACCGACUCCGACUUUGACUCUGAUUAUGAUGCCAAUUCCUUGGAAGAUAAUGACUCAGAGUCAGAGGAGUAUGGAUCAUUGAGGGACUCAGAAAGUGGAGAAAGUGAUUUUUCCGAAGAUCAGGACAACAUCAACACCAGCAAUGGCGAUGGUUUGGCUGAUGAUCAUAGUCAUGAGAACCGAAGUGAUAGCUCUGAUGCUCAUCCAGGAGUUGAAGAGAGUGAUUCUUCUGAAGAUGAGGUUGCUCCUCGAAAUACAAUUGGAGAUGUGCCCUUGGUGUGGUAUCGGGAUGAAAAACAUAUUGGUUAUGACAUUUCUGGGAAAAAGAUAAAAAAGAAAGAAAAAGAAGAUAAAUUACAGUCUUUCCUUGCGAGUGCAGAUGAUUCCAAAAAUUGGCGCAAAAUUUAUGAUGAGUAUAAUGAUGAGGUUGUAGAACUCAAAAAGAAAGAGACCAAACUUAUUAGUAGAUUGCUUGAAGGAAAGGCACCAGAUGCUGACUUUGAUCCAUAUGCGCCUUAUGUUGACUGGUUCAAAUGGGAUGGUGCGAAACAUCCCCUUUCAAAUGCACCUGAACCCAAGAGACGCUUCACUCGUUCAAAGAGCGAAGAUAAAAUGGUUGUUCGCUAUCGUCGGGCUAUUCGUAAGGGGUUGAUUAAAUUUGACGAGCCUAAAGAAGAACCAUCUGUCUACCUCUUGUGGGGAGAUGAAUCCAACUCUAACGAAAAGUCUGGGCAUUUAGCUUAUAUUCCUGCGCCGAAGCCGAAAUUGCCAGGUCAUGAAGAGUCAUACAAUCCCUCUAAAGAAUAUAUCCCUACACAAGAAGAGAUUAAUGCUUAUCAGUUAAUGUUUGAGGAAGACCGACCUAAAUUUAUACCUAAAAGUUUUACAUCGAUGAGAAACAUCCCUGCAUAUGAGAAUGCUGUCAAGGAGUCUUUCGAACGAUGCUUGGAUCUUUACUUGUGCCCCAGAGUGCGGAAGAAAAGAAUAAAUAUUGAUCCCGAAUCUCUGAAACCCAAGCUACCAAGUCGGAAAGAUCUUAGGCCGUACCCUACAUCAUGCUAUCUUGAGUAUAGAGGUCAUACAGAUGCAGUUUUGUCUAUUUCAGUUGACCCUUCAGGGCAAUGGAUUGCUUCAGGUUCAUUGGAUGGAACGGCGCGUGUUUGGGAGAUUGAGAGUGGUAGAUGUCUUAAAGUCUGGAGUUUUGAUGAAGCCGUGAAAUGCGUCUCAUGGAAUCCUGUGCGGGAGCUUUCUAUACUGGCUGCCUCUACGGGAGCCGAUGUAUAUAUUUUGAACACUGAUCUAGGAAAUGGAGAAGAACAGGAAAGAAUAAGGGAGCUUCUCCUGGUCAAGACACCCACACCAUCAGAUGACUCUGACAACACUGUGUCCAUUGCAAGCUGGCAUCAAGAUGACAAACAUCAUGGAAUCAGAUUGAAACAUUUUAAGACUGUCUCUUCAAUAGAAUGGCAUCGCAAAGGAGACUACCUUUCGGCAGUAAUGCCAGCAGGCGAAUCAAGGGCUAUUGUCAUUCACCAGAUUUCUAAGAAAAUAACUCAAAGAAUUCCAUUCAAGUUACACGGGCUUCCAGUCACUUCAGUUUUCCACCCCACCCGUUCGAUUUUCUUCAUUGCAACAAAAAAGAAUGUUCGUGUUUACGAGUUAGUUAAGCAAAAGCUCGUUAAAAAGCUUGAGACUGGACUCCGUGAAAUUUCCAGCAUUGCAAUUCAUCCAGCUGGUGACAAUGUAAUUGUGGGGAGCAGAGAAGGAAAGCUGUGUUGGUUUGACAUGGAUCUUUCAUCUCAACCUUACAAAACUCUGAAGUGCCAUCCCAAAGACAUAACGGGUGUGGCCUUCCAUCGUUCAUACCCCUUAUUUGCAUCGUGCUCUGAUGACUGUACCGCUUAUGUUUUCCAUGGCACGGUUUAUUCAGAUCUUAAUCAGAAUCCUCUGAUUGUUCCGCUGGAAAUUCUUAGAGGACAUAAAACCUCAAAUGGUAGAGGUGUGAUGGACUGUAAGUUCCAUCCAAGGCAGCCAUGGUUGUUCACCGCCGGUGCUGAUUCAUUGAUUAAACUGUACUGUCAUUAAGAAUAUGAUGGAUUGAACACCCUAAUAUAGUCACUCCAAACCCUAAUAUAGUGUCACUCCAGAAGCAAGGUGGAAACGAUCGGUUGGGAUUCCAUGACCGGAGAGAGAGCCGGCGACCAAAUUUUGUCCUAUUUGUUGUUUUUUAUUGUUUGGUGGAGGGAGUCCGUCAUUGAUUAUUACUACUGGCAUCAGUGAUUAUGGUCAAAUGUAAUUCAUCAUUGUACUCUAUAUCUUGUUUUUCUUCUUCAAAAUUUAUAAAAGGAAUGAAAGGGUUGAAACUUC